CGCGGCUAGCAGACGUUACUUGCAGCCGCUAGCCGUUAUAAAAAAUGCCGUCGACGGAGGAGGCAUCAACCUCAGGAACAGCCGCCCAGGAGGUGCUAGCUCCGCCAUGGGGCCCUUUAGGUCGCUCGUUUACUCUAGGAGUAGUAUCAACCUGCGCUAGGCUUAUCUUGAACGUUCUCAACACGACUGAAAUCAUCAACCAUGACCGAUUAAUCAGAGCCGUCCAGGACAAGCGAAAAGACGCGGGGCUUAUAACAGUAUGCAACCAUACAAGCUUGUUUGACGAUCCAGGCGUGCUCAGCCUUAUCAUGCCCUGGCAUUGGCUCUGGACAGAACCCAUAACUCAAAACGUGCGAUGGUCGCUGUGCGCGCGAGAGGUGUGUUUCAAGAACGAGUUCCUAAGACAAUUCUUCCUCAACGGGAAAACACUGCCAGUCGAGCGGGGCAAAGCAGGCGUGCACCAGCCCAUCGUCUCCGUCGCCGCGCUCGCGCUGGCCAGCGGGCAGUGGGUGCACCUCUUCCCGGAGGGCCGCAUCAACUUCGACGGCAAGCUGGGGCCGCUGCGCUGGGGCUGCGGCAAGCUGGUGUGCGAGGCGCGGGAGCUCUCCGGCGGCCGCGACCCCACCGUGCUGCCCUUCUACCACUCGGGCAUGGGCGCGGUGCUGCCGCUGGGGGCCAAGGGCUUUGCGGUGGGGCAGAAGGUGCAGGUGCGCGUGGGGGAAGCGGUCCCGCUGGCGGACCUGACGUGCGGGUGUGAUGCGGAAAGUGAGGAGGAGCGGCGCCGUACCUGGAUCCGGAUCACGGAGCGUGUACGGGAGGCGCUUGUGGAGCUGGAGAGGGAGUGCCCGCCCAACCCGGACCAGUCGGGGAAGGCGCCGGCGAAGGAUCCGCCGCCGUCGUGAAGGAAGGAG